CCGCCCUGUCUGCCGCUGCCGUCCCUGCCGCGCCCGGGGCAGCAGGAUCGCCAGGCCGGGUUCCUGGGCAGGUGGAGGCUGUCUGCCCUGUUGCCAUCGUGGAGGCCCUUGCCAGUGAACCUUCUCAGCCAUGUCGCACGGUGCGAGCCACGGGGAUCCCAACCAGCUGGCCCAGCGCAUCACUUCCAACAUCCAGAAGAUCACCCAGAGCUCUGCUGAAAUACAAAGGCUGCUGCACCAGCUGGGAACCCCACAGGACACGCCGGAGCUGAGGCUGCAGCUGCAGCAGAAGCAGCAGUACACCAACCAGCUUGCCAAAGAAACUGACAAAUAUGUCAAAGAGUUUGGAUCUCUGCCUGCAGCCAGUGAACAGCGCCAAAGGAAGAUCCAGAAGGACCGCCUGGUGGGGGAGUUCACCUCAGCACUGACCAACUUCCAAAGGCUCCAAAGACAAGCUGCUGAGAAAGAAAAGGACUUCGUGGCCAGAGUGAGAGCCAGCUCCAGGGUGUCUGGCGGUGCUCCUGAGGACGGCAGCAAAGCAGGAACACUUGUCUCCUGGGACAGUCAGGCCCAAGCACAAGUGCAGGAUGAAGACAUCACAGAGGAUGACCUGCGGCUCAUCGAGGAGCGGGAGUCUUCCAUUAGGCAGCUGGAGGCAGAUAUCAUGGACAUCAACGAAAUCUUCAAAGAUCUGGGAAUGAUGAUUCAUGAGCAGGGUGAUGUCAUAGACAGCAUAGAGGCCAACGUGGAACACGCCGAGGGGCACGUGCAGCAAGCCAGCCAGCAGCUCUCCAGAGCAGCAAGCUACCAGCAAAAGUCCCGCAAGAAGAUGUGCAUCCUGCUGGCCAUCCUGGGCGUCGGAGUGCUGCUGGUGGUGCUGAUCGUCUUGUUAUCUAUGAGAUAAGUGUCUGCAGGAGGUGGUGGAUCGGUCUGUCAGUGAUGAAAGGAAGUGCCCAGUUUGCUGAUUGUGGAACUGAGUGAAACAAUGAUUCUGUUCUUCACACUUUUUAUGUGACAUUUUUGUUGGCACCUGAGAAGUGAGGUUCUCAGUGCUGCUGUCGGUGUCACUGCCUGCCCUCCUGGGUGCUCUUACCUCAGCCAGGUCACAGACUGUUCUGUGAAGAGGUUUUUAUCUUUAAGUGAAGGUUUAGGGGGCUAAUCAAAACCCUGAUCAUUCAUUUUGGCAGGGUGAGUUAUUAUCUUCUGGGCUAAAUGUUGAUUCCAAAGCAAACUUCUGGAGGGCUGCCUGGGGCCAUGGAGUCACAUCUCAGAACUGAUUUUUAAGUUAGAAAUGUUCUCAUCUCUGGCUGCCAUCCCCCUGCCCAGCCAGUACAGGUGGCUCAAAAAUAACAUGUGGGUUGUGAUCUGUCUUUUCAAGUGAAGCCUUUGAAUCAAGCCUUCAGUUUGCCUGAAAUCUUGUUGCUGCUUCAUGUCUCUGUAGCUGGCAUCGAGUGUGGCGAUGUCAGGAAGCCUGCUGCCAAGGCAGGGUGGCUGAUGGCACAAUGGGGAUCGUUCUCUUCAGUUCCUGCAGUGAGAGCUGUUGUGUUCUGUCUGCACCUCUGGGAUCUUCCCACCCGAGUGUGCAUCAGUGAGCUUGGCUAGGUGAGAACUGAAUUCUUCAGUUUCCUGGGAAAAAAUUCCCAGCUCCUAACUGCACUUCAAUGUUCUGGAACUGCUGUGACUGGUUUUGCAUGCCCAUCCCCAAUGCUGUGAGAGAUCUUUCACACAGCUGAAGAAAAGAGCUUGCAGUGAUCCUCAGCAGUGUUUGAAAGGAGGUGCCCAAGGCAUUGCCUUCAGAGUGAUACCCUUUUGUGCCAUUUUGUACCAGUACAUUACAAAUGUGACAAGGCUUCAUCUGUUUGCCUUUUGAACUGGCCUUGGUGAGC